AUGAACAUAAAUCAAGUUGCUGAACAGAAUCGUGGUAAUAUUCGUUUGGAAUUUACUAGACAAUUGAAUGAAAUAAAAAUGCAAUAUGACGAAUUUACAAAAGAAUUGACAGAAACACGUGAAAAUGAUCAAUUUUUUGAGAAUGAUGUCGAACAAUUAUCAGCUAAGCUAGAACAAUUCAAGAAAGAAAUUCAUCAAAUCAACAUUCAUCUUCAAUUGACUUCAGACGAUCCUAUGGAUUGGUCUCGAUCAGUUCGCGUUGAAAAACCUGUAGUAUCCCAUCUGAAUAAUUCCCAAUUAUUGUUCGAACGACAAGUCAUUUCAUUACAUGAUAGAAAUUGUUUUUUCUUGUCUGCAUCCGAUACAUAUAUAUUAGCUUACAUAUUAAGCAUUAAUAGAAAUGAAAAUCGUCUCGUUCUCUAUAAUAUUUCUGAUGGCAGUGAACUUUGUUAUCAUGAACUUGAUGUUCGAUUUGGUAAUGUCUGUGAUAUGAUCUAUACUGAAAAGUUGAAUUGUUGUUUUCUUGCUGUAUGUCGACAAGUGAUUCUUAUUUAUAAUCCUCAACGAAAGAUGCUUACUAUUCUAUCAGAAAUAAAACCAAUUGAUGAACAUCCAUUUUGGUCAAUAACUGUUUCAUCAAAUACAAAUGAUGCGUUCGUUAGCUUGGAUAGUAAUGGUUACAUUGAACGAUGGUCAACAGAGACACAUCCAAAUUGGAAAUUAAUUAAGCGUUGGAAUACUAAAGAUAUUAUCAAAAAUUCUGAUGAAGGUAUUCGAAUGGUUCGAAUGUUUGCCAAUAAAAAUCAAUUAACUAUUAUUAUACUUCAACAAGAUAAACAUUGGCGUUUUGAUUCAUUUGAUCUUAAUUUGCAGUUAAUUAUUCGUGUAGGUUUACCUGGUGAUAAUGAUGAUGCAUGGCUAUUGACAGAAAGAACAACUAGUUCAUUAUGGUAUGUCAAUGGUUCAACAUCGAAACAAAUUGAUAAAUAUGUUCAUAGUGCAUGCUUAAUAAUCAAUGACAAUCAACAAGGAAAAAUUGCUGAAGAUCAGACAUCGUAUUGUUCGCCGGCUAAGUCAUCAGUGCUCGGUUCAUUUUCUGAACCACCAACAUACGUAGUACAUUUUCUUGAUUCACAUUUAACAUUUCAACAAAGUUUUCAAAUUUGUUCAUUAUUUGGUCGAGUUCGUAUUCAUGGAUGUCAUAUUCGUCCUGCAACAUUCUAUUCAGUGUGA